GAAAGGACCGGGGAACAGCUUGGUCGUACCUGGUCCUCCAUUAUUCCUCCCCUGAACCGGAGGCGGGGGGAGUGCGUUUCAAAAAAAGUCGCGAGACCGGCAUUGUUUCCCAUCCCGAUGGAGGCGGCCGUGUGGAGCCCCGCGGUCAUGACGGAGGUGGACUGCAACAGCAACAGCCUGAACGCCGAGCUGGAGGUGAAGAAGCUCCAGGAGCUGGUCCGGAAGCUGGAGCGGCAGAACGAGCAGCUGCGGACCCGGGCCGUCGGCGGCCCGCUCGCCGGUGCCUACCGCCUCCCGAGCCCGCUGCCCACCCUGCUGUGCCCCCAGUCCUCUCUGGGUUCGUUCUCCGCUACUCCUCCUCCUCCUCCGCAGCCCUUCGACUAUUUCCACCUCCCGUACAGCCUCGGAAACGCGGGGGAGGAGGAGGAGGAGGACGAAGAAGAGGAGGACGAGUCCGAACCGUCGGUCCUGGACGACCUGGAGCUUCUGGACUUGGAUUCCUUGAGCUACUCGGACGAGUCUGACGAAACAUGGUUGUACGCCACAUCAAAGGCCAGAGAGGCCCCGGGCGAGUCCCUCUCCCCUCUGCAGUGGUGCCGGCAGGCUCUGGACAGCCCCGUAUCUGAGGUGGAGGCCGCCAGGAGGUCGCUGUCCCUCCGGCUGGAACAAGUCUCCAGGUGGCGCAGCUCCCUCUCCAGCCCCUCUCCCUCCUCUCCCUCAGGCGGCCAUGCUCUGACCCGAGCGUCUCCCAUCAGGGCCUCCCCCUCAGCCAAACCCUGCUCCACCCCCCAGCCGCCAGAAGGACACGCUCCACCCCUCUCCUCCCCGCUCCACCCAGUCCUCCAUCGCGCCCUUAGCCCCGUAGGGAAGGAGCUCUCCCCUGUAGCUGAGCGGACUCCCACCUUCUUCCCUCACCCCACCAUUCGAAGCCGCAGCCUCCGGCGCUCGGCGCUCAGCCCGCAGUCUUCCGUGGACAGCGACUUUGGCGCCUCGGAGGCGGAGGAGGACUCCAUCUGCCUGGGAUACAAACUGCAGGACCUCACCGACGUCCAGGUCAUGGCCCGGCUGCAGGAGGAGAAUCUCAGAGCCCACCGCUACUUUAGCUUCAUUAACCCCAGGAGGCAGGACUACGCCAGCACGUCCUCCAUCCUGGCCAACCGCCGCAGCCAGAGCUUCACCUUCCCGCUCAGCCAGCUCAGCGCCGGCCGCGGCCUGGAGGAGGAAGACGAGGAGGACGACGAAGACUACGGCCUCCUGCCGCCCCCGCAGCCGCGCCUCACCCGCCUGCCGCACUCCCACACCUUCUCCAGCAUCCGAGACUGGCGAAGAAGCACCAGCUCCCUGUGCACCCCUCCUUCCACGCCCUCCACGCCGCCCUACCCCUCCGCCGGCUUCGCCUUCCAGGCCCAGCUGCUGGGGCUGGGCAGCCCCCGCGGAGCCGAGCAGCCGGGCCUCAGAGCGGGAUCAGAUAAGCUGCGGAGGAGCAUGCCUAACCUGGUGAGGGCUCCCAGUGUGGCCCUCCCCAGCUGUCCCAGCAGUCCCAGCAAUCCCAGCGCUUCCCCGUCUUUGCUUCGUAACAGCCAGAGCUUCGACUCCUCCGGCGCACUGACCCGCCUGCAGUCCUCCAUCCCCUCCCCAGUCCCUCUUCAAAACAGGGUCCAGAGCGUAGGGAACUUCUCCUCGUUGUCACGCCAACCGUUGAAGGCCACCGCCUACGUCAGCCCCACCAUCAAAGGCCCGGCCUCCACCAGCCUCCAGUCCCUGAGCGGCAUCCCGCUGCUCAGCAAGCAGCUCAGCCCCGGCCUGACCCCGCCCCGCAGCGGCCUGCCCCGCCCCGCCUCCUUCGUGUUGACCGGCGCCCCCGCCCCCCGCAGCAAGGCGGCCCAGCCGCGAAGUUUACUGACCCCUCCAAAGAGCCUGUCCACCCUCAGUGCCCUUCGUGACAGCGCCUGGAGGGACGGCUGCUACUGACCGACACACGGGCGGUGCAGCGGAGCCCCCGCUGGCCGGGGACGCCGGCCGCACCCCCCCACCCCCAACCCCAACCCUAGAGGCUCAACGGGUUUAGACCAAAAAGGGACUGAGGUGAUGACCUUAAAUCUGAGAUUCUGCAUAGAAUCAUCGGAAGUUCUAUGCAGAAUUUCUUCGGAGAAGGCGGGUAUUUUAUUUAGUUUGUUUGUUUUCGUGGAUCCGAGCACACGACGGCUUGUGUGAACCAGAGGGGGCUGUUCCCGGUAGGUCCUGUGCAAUAAACCGCUGGCUGUUGUUUUCCCUGUGAUGCUAAUCUGUGAAAGAGGGCUGCCAGUUUUUAUUAAAUAAAUAAAUAAACGUUUAAUGCUAUUUAUAUAUUUAUUUUAAAUAAACAAUGAUGAUUCAUCAGGUUUGUGUGCUAUGGCAAAAAGUGCCAGUGAUGCUGCUAAAGUUAAAUCUGUCAGUUUGGUCUCAUUUUUACGGGAUAUUUGCGUACGGAACUGACAUCCACGUCUGUAAAUUGGUGCAAUAUUUAAUAUUAUUGUUCUUUGGUCACAAUUUGUAAUAUCUGAAUGUGUUUGAUGGAACGUCUAACGACAACGUCACCAAACUAAGACUCACACACUUUGUUGGAGAGGGAAGUCCAAACAGUUGUUUGCACUUUGUGGGAAACUCACUUGUGUUUUUGUUUUCUAUUUGCCAAUGUUUACACUUUUGUCAACGUUUGUUUUUCUGGAAUAGUAUAACACGGUUGUACAGGCACCUAUUUGUUAGAUUUCACCGUUUUUUAAACUAACGUUAUAGCGUCUCGUCUCUUGCACCUAUUUCACUUUUGUAACUAUGAAGUAUUGAAUGAGAAGCCUUUUAAUAAAACGCACUAAACUGAA